AUGGCAGACAUGCAAGAGGUUUUGGAGAGGCAAGGGAGGGAAACUAGAGAAAGAAGGCGUAGACGAGCUGCAGGCAAAAGGGCGCAGAGAGAACUAGAUAAGGAAAUUGUCAUAGUUGUGGCUUUGCUUGAUGAAGAAAACCAGAGCUGCCGUGGUUCACGAGAAGGCCGUGCCCCGAAUGUGGACAGACAUAGACAUUCUCGAGUCAUGCAUGAUAUUUGCAAUUAUGAUGAAUACUUUGUUGAAACGAGAAAUGCUGCUGGAAAUUUGGGACUUCUUCCCGAGCAAAAGUUCACAACUGUGGAUGAGAUUGCCCGGAUGGGAAAGUCCACUGCUUUGGAGAGCUUGGUGAGAUUUUGUGAUGCAGUGGAAACUCUGUACACUAGGGACUACCUGCGUAGACCUACGCCCAGGGACCUUCAACGACUUCUACAAAAAGCUGAAGCUCGAGGAUUUCCUGGAAUGAUUGGUAGCAUCGACUGCAUGCACUGGCAAUAG